UGUCGUCGUUCGAACGAAGGCUGGGUGGUUUGGAAACGACCAUCAGACCGCUCUCAAACAGGCUGCAGUCGUUGACAAAAACAACAGACAGUAAGUCUCUAUCAUGAUCUGCCAAUGGCCACUGUUCACAGGAAUCCAGACAUCGAUUCAACCUUACGAGCAAUUGAAGACACGCGUAAGUGGUUCGAUGUUGUCUCCAAAGAAGAGCAAAUCAUCAAGCGAGGGCCCGGACAGAACGUCUCCAUUUAUAUGGCAUCCGUGCGUCGCCUAAGCGAUAGUUUGUCAAUGCUAAAACGCCAGAACUUUCGCAGUACAGACAAGACCAUUAGACAGAUGGAACAGCUUCUCAAACUUGCCAUGCUUCAGCUGAAUGAUACCUAUAAACGCACACUAGCAGAAGCAUCUACGCCAAUACAACCCCUGAAUUACAUCACGAAGGGCAUGCCUUUUCCAGAACUAGCGCCUGACAAGUUGGCGUUGAUCUGCUCGCUUUCUCAAAGCCUCACAGUACAUGUACCCUCAGUCGACACAGGCGUCGUAGUGGACCCGGUUGCCACGUAUGUUGAAGUAAGGGGAGGUUACAUAACAACCUCUCUGUCUUCGUUGAACCAGGCAAGCGUGAGUACAACACUGAAGAGAACAAAUGCUCCGUAUACCAAGGGAACAAAUGGAAUCGCAAUCUACACAGGUGCUAUCAUUGCGAUGCUGGAGACUGAAUAUACCCUUGCUUCGAAAGUCUUCGACGACUCUUUCUUUCUUGUAGCUUUCAAGCGAACAGUGGAACCCGCUUUGUCAGCUUAUAUUCAAUGCAUCCGGGAACUCGACAAUCAUGUUCGUCAGCAUGUGGAAACUUUUGCUUUUCUUGGGUUCGAGCUCCUUGAGGAAGUGUCCAAGGCAAGCACGAAGCUUGGAUCUACUUUACUGGGCAACACGGAACUGCUUGGCCUUAAGGAAUCGUCGAAAAAGACAGUUACAUCCGUCGUUAUCAACUUCUACGAGGGAGUUAAGGUUAAAGCUGAUGCUAUCGUCAUGUUGUCCGAAAAUGGAACUGCAUCGGAACUUGCGGCGGAGACCAUGGAUCGGUUACGUGUCUUUGUUCUUGAUUACGACCUUUCAUUUGCAACGGUGUUGAUGUCACUAGAAAAUGCUCCAUGGCAGAAUAUGGCUUCAAGAGUCGCCGAUCCAAACUCCGCGUUGUCUUCUUUCUGCAACGAAGUGGUCGACAGUCUCGUGACUCGGCUUGAGAGCAGGGCUCGUUUAUAUUACAAGCGAACCGCACAGACAGCCAUCUUCAUGCUGAACACCAUUGCGCUUAUUAGGCAGAAGCUGGAUUCCUUCAGCUCAUCAGCGAAAGAGCUGACGACUCAAACACUUGACAGAAUACAAAAGCGUGCAUCAGACCUUUAUCUGGAAAGCUGGAGAUCAUGCACUGACGCAUUAUUUGACACUACUCAUAUAUCUAAAGGGGGCUUGGGCGGUUCCGUCCGAAAUUCGAUGGGUUCAAAAGAACGGGAUAAAGUCAAGGAGCACUUCCGGAACUUCAACGCCGAGUUCGAAGAGAUCGUACGAACGAAUAAGGGGAUGGUAGUACCGGACGCCGCAAUGCGAGGUACGAUCGUGCGAGACGUCAGCAAGGUUGUCAUACCACUCUAUACUCGUUUCCACGACAAAUAUGCCGACACUGAUUUCACGAAACACAAGGAAAAGUAUAUCAAAUACAGUAAACCGGAUAUCGAAACGAUUCUUGCCCAGUUUUUUACAAACAAGCAUCCUGUAUUGUAGUGAAAUUAGAAACACAGUUCUUCAUACGGCGGUAGCAGCUGCAGCUUUCAGGCACAAAUGCACCAACUGGAAUUAUUGGGUGCGACGGCGGAACGGCUGUAAAGUGGGCAGACAGCAAGGCAGCAAACAGAAGUCAUGUCGCAGAAGAUCGGAAGGACCGCGCUCGCCUACGCCAGAACCUGGCAUCAUGUUGACGCUACAAACCGUGUUCUCGGACGUCUCGCUACCAGCAUCGCAAUAACCCUUAUGGGCAAGCACAAGCCGAUUUUCGACCAAUCAGCAGAUUGUGGUGAUUACGUCGUCGUCACCAACGCUGAUCAGUUUAUCGUUACUGGGCGCAAGAAGGAGCUCAAGGUUUACCGU